ACUUGCUUUCGUUUUGUCGACGAUUGCUCCCCCAAACAUAAACAAAAAGCGAAUUUUAUUUUAAGAAACGUCCGAACACUAUCCGAACAAUAUCUUUAAAAAUAAAUUGUUUAGGGCCGUUUUGAGACCAACUGUACGGACAUUUAUGAAGCAAGUGGAAUAUCCCCCAGCAUGCCUCGCUUCUCAAACUGUCAGAUACUUUCUUAAGGUGUUUUCGCGCCGGAUGCAGCCCAGUGAAACACUAAAGGUGGUCUAAGUUGCCAUCAUGCCACAGGCUGCUCUUUGCUUGCUGCUGAUGUUUGUGUAUUUGGGAUCCUCGAUGGGAGCACAGCUGCCACAUUUAAAGCCACCUGACAUCCCUGGCUCUCCUCCCUUCCCUUGGGACCAGAUGAGACUCCCCAAAACAGUCUUCCCUGUCCACUAUAUGCUGACCAUCCAGCCCAACUUAACUACCUUGGAUUUCAAGGGCAUUGUUCGCAUCCAGCUGGACAUACGUGAGGACACCACAGCCAUCGUCCUUCACGCCAAGCAGUUGAAGACCUUCAAUGUGAAGGUUAGGACGCCUGAGGGUGUGCGGGAUCUGCAAGUUCUGGAAAAUCCUUAUCAUCAACAAUUAGCCUUGGUCUCAGAUGAGGUGUUGACCAAAGGGAAGGACUACGAGGUCGAGUUGGAGUUUUCUGCCGAGCUGUCUGACAGCUACCAUGGGCUUUAUAGGAGCAGCUACCGGACAAGCAGCGGGGAAGUCCGGAUGCUGGCGUCCACACAGUUUGAAGCAACGUUUGCCCGAACCGCCUUCCCUUGCUUCGACGAGCCCGCCUUCAAGGCCAACUUCACCAUCUCUGUCAUACGAGAGCCUCAACACAUCGCCAUAUCCAACAUGCCUAAGACUAAAACGCUAGCGUUGCCUGGAGAUGUGCUGGAGGAUUGCUUUGGCACCACGGUGAAGAUGAGCACGUACUUGGUGGCCUUCAUCGUGUCUGACUUCCAGUCCGUGAGCAAGUACACCCAGCAGGGCGUCAAGAUUUCCGUCUACGCCGUGCCUGAAAAAGUCAACCAGACAGGUUUCGCACUGAAUGUCGCUGUCAGGCUGCUGGAUUUCUAUGACAACUACUUCAAUAUUGCCUACCCGCUGCCCAAACAGGACCUGGCUGCCAUCCCUGACUUCCAAUCGGGAGCUAUGGAGAACUGGGGUCUGACCACAUACCGAGAAGGAGCCCUUCUCUACGAUCCCGACCAGUCGUCCGUCUCAGACAAAGUGCACAUCACUAAGAUCAUCGCUCAUGAGCUCGCACACCAGUGGUUUGGCAACUUAGUGACGAUGGAGUGGUGGAGUGACUUGUGGCUCAACGAGGGCUUUGCCAAGUUCAUGGAGUUUAUUUCUCUCGACAUCUCCUACCCUGAGCUGCAGACGGACGACAUGUUCUUGAUGAAGUGUUUCCAUGCCAUGGAGGUUGACAGUCUGGCCUCGUCUCACCCCAUCUCCACACCAGUGGAAAACCCCACCGAGAUCCAGGAAAUGUUUGAUGACGUGUCUUAUGACAAGGGAGCGUGCAUUUUGAAUAUGAUACAAGUCUUCCUGACGCCCGAGGCUUUCGAGGUGGGGAUUAUCCGCUACCUGAAACGAUACAGCUACCGGAACACAGUCAACAGCCACCUGUGGGAGAGCCUGACAGAUAUCUGCAAUGGGGAUGAUUUGCAAGAAGCUCCGCCUAAACAAAAGGAAUUCUGCUCCAAACGCGACCUCGAAUCUGGAAAAUCUUAUAAUGACAAUUUGGAUGUCAAGACCAUCAUGGACACAUGGACGCUACAGCAGGGCUUCCCGCUGGUCAGUGUGGAGGUCAGACACCGCAAGGUGUGGCUCACCCAGGAGCGCUACCUGAAGAGCGGGGACGCUGCCAACACUGAACGCAGAUUCAUUUGGUGGAUCCCUCUGACCUACAAGACUAGUGUUUCCAAUAAAACACAGCAUCACCUGAUGAUGUCAACGGCGGACAUCCUGCGCCUGCCAGAUGAGGUCGAGUGGCUGAAGUUCAACGUGGACAUGAGCGGCUACUACAUUGUCCACUAUGCCAAUAAAGGUUGGCGCGCCAUCAUUAAACUGCUGCAAGACAACCACACGGCGCUGAGCGGCAAAGACAGAGCCAGCCUCAUACACGACGUCUUCCAGCUCGCCAGCAUAGGGAAAGUGGACCUGGCGACAGCUCUGGACUUGUCCACGUAUCUUUCCAAAGAGACUGACAUCAUGGCCGUGUUUCAGGGCCUCGGAGAACUCUUACCUAUCUACAAGCUGAUAGAGAAGAGAGAAAUCACUCAACUGUAGAUAAGCAUGAAGCAUUACAUUCUGGACCUGUUCAAGGGUUUGAUCAGCCAACAGAAGUGGGACGACUCAGGUUCCGUGUCUGAGCGAAUGCUGCGCAGCCACCUGCUGCUGUUCGCCUGCGUCAGGAAAUUCACUCCGUGCGUGACCAAAGCCCAGCAGCUGUUCGACAUGUGGAAAGACUCUGAUGGCGACAUGAGCCUCCCCGUUGACGUCAUCAUGGCUGUGUACGUCGUUGGGGCUCAAACAUCGGAAGGGUGGGACUUCCUGUUGGAGAAGUAUCGACGGUCUUUGCAAACGUCCGUGAAAACACACAUCAAGGCUGCCUUGACGUUUACCCCGCUGCAUGAAAAGCUCAAAUGGAUGUUGGAGCAGUCUCUACUUGGCGAGGUGAUGGAAACUCAUGACCUCCCAGAGGUCAUUUUUUACGUCAGCAGGAACCCCAUCGGCCACAAACUCGCCUGGGACUUCAUCCGCGCGAACUGGCAGACCUUGAUCGAAAAGUUUGAACUUGGCUCCGCCUCCAUAGCGCACAUGGUGACAGGGGUGACCAGCCAUUACUCCACAUCAGAAAUGCUCGAGUCGGUGCAGAAUUUUUUUGGUUCUUUAACGGAGGAGACGGGCUCAGAGAUGAGGUGUAUCCAGCAGGCCUACGACACCAUCCAAGACAACAUCAACUGGGCCAAUAACAACUUCCCCAAACUGCUGUCCUGGCUGAACAAACAGCAGCGUGUUCGAAAUACACCUAAACCUAAACCUAAACCUAAACCAACCAACCCACAUCUGCAUGUGGACUUGUAGCGGACACAAAAUGGAUUUACAUUUUUUUACAUAAAUUCCCCCAAAAUGUGUGCUCUGGAAGGCUGGUGAUUCAGUAUUUGAGAGAACAAUCCAACGUGGACUUCAGUCAUGUAAACAUAGACAAACACACGAGUCGCAAAUUUGAGGACUUGAGGCUUGCUUGACCAAAUCUGGUAAAAAAGUGGACUUGUUUUUUUUUUACUUGAGACUUGACUUGGACUUGAGGGUAGGGCUGGGCGAUUAAACAAUAUCAAUAUAAAUCGUGAUAGACACAUAAUCGAUAUCAACGCAAUACAAUACGUACAUUUUUUUUCUUCUUUGUCGGAAGAAACUUGAAGUUGUAAAGGAACUCGCUCUCUGGUAACUGAGGAACACAGGAAGUGAUCGCUCAUCAGUGGGAGUGACAAGCUAACAACCAAUUAGGUAACGGUAUCAACUAUAAUUUUUGGUUGCGCCAUCUCACACUGAACUAGUAAUAUUAUUCUUGAUUUUAAUUGUAUUCAAUAAUUAUAUGUAACCUUGCCACAGUUUAAUAGACUAAAACUUGUCAAACGACAUGAAAUCAUUCGUCAAUCCAUCCAUCCAUCCAUUUUCUACCGCUUAUUCCCUUUCGGGGUUGCGGGGGGCGCUGGCGCCUAUCUCAGCUACAAUCGGGCGGAAGGCAGGGUACACCCUGGACAAGUCGCCACCUCAUCACAGGGCCAACACAGAUAGACAGACAACAUUCACACUCACAUUCAAACACUAGGGCCAAUUUAGUGUUGCCAAUCAACCUAUCCCCAGGUGCAUGUCUUUGGGAGUGGGAGGAAGCCGGAGUACCCGGAGGGAACCCACGCAUUCACGGGGAGAACAUGCAAACUCCACACAGAAAGAUCCCGAGCCUGGAUUUGAACCCAAGACUUCAGGAACUUCGUCUUGUGAGGCAGACGCACUAACCCCUCUGCCACCGUGAAGCCGUCAAUCACAAAGAUUAUUAUUUUUUUAACACAUAAACCUUAGGCUUAGGACAGGGUGAUUAGAAAAACAGGUAUUUACGAAAUAUACUGUAUAAGAAAGGGAAUCAUAAAUAACUGAGGAAAAAUACAAUUAUGUUGCGAUAAAAUAAACUAUAUGAAUGAUAGAAAUUGAAUAUGUUUCUUAAUUAAACUGCUCAAAAAAUACAGCUUCACCACUUUAAUUGUAUUUUUUGCGCUUAAAAUACUUCUCCAUGACUGUAGCUCCAUUUUUUCCCCUGUUUGUUUGGGAUUGUCAUUACUGCCACAAGUGGUGGUAAAGGGUAUUUCAACUGAGUAUUACCACGGCCCAUACAGACCACAGCCAAGAAACAAAUAUUUUUUGCCGGCCCAUCAAUGGGCCCCUGUCCCUAUGGUUAAGAAACACUGCUUUAGAACACAGCCGUAGGUUAUUGGCAUUAAACCUGCAGAAAAUAAUUAUUAUCAGCUUUUUCUGUUUACGUUUUCACACUUUGCACUAUUUUGUUCCACAUUUUUAAGCAUUUAUUAUGUAUUCCUUUUUUUCGCAGCUUUAAUUUAAGAGUUUAUUGAUAAGUUUUUAAUGUGAUUUUAGAAUUUUGUUGACAUUGAGUGUUUCCCAUGCUUCCUUUCUGCCUUGAUAGCUAAGGGAGAUUAUUUAACAAUGACUUGUUAAAUUAAAUAUUUGCAUUUUU